CUAAUGCUUUUCUACUGAAGGUGUGGUCGUGUUCAUUGGUGUCGGCCGUUCCAUUUAUCCCUUUCGCGCUAAUCACGCGCCUCUUCGCCUCUUCGCGCGAAUCCGGUCGAUCCUUAGGAAGGUGCAUUUCCCCACAUGCUUUCAAUUCCUCGCUCUGCUUUUUCUUUUUCGGUCUUUUGCCCGGCAAAUGAGGUUAUGCUGUCUCGUCCGGCAAAACUGAAACCAUUAGAGAUCUAACUGUCGUCAGAUUCAGGUGCAUGGUGUCUAGGUUGGGUGCCCCGAUACCGAAACUAGACCAGUCCAAUGGCGUCAAACAACCACCACCCGCCGCGUCCAAGCCUACCCAUGUCAUAUUCCCAAAGUAGCAUUGGGUCUGCCAAUGGAAUGUCGUUUUCUCAGUCGCAGCUGGGUUCUUUUAAUGCUUCCCAAUCCGUGGCAACAACCCCUCGCGGUACACCCCCUCCGAAAGGUUCUCACCAGUCGGCAAUGUCUUUUACAUAUUCAAAUGGUCUGCCCCAUGGUGCACGGGGUAGCUUCAAUAGUUUUGAAGACAUGAAUGGCUACGGCGCAAUGGUGACGUAUCAGGAGGAGAUCAAGCCCCAAAUCUAUAGAGCCGUCUAUUCAAAUGUUUCUGUCUACGAAAUGGAAGUCAACGGAGUCGCUGUCAUGAAACGUCGCUCGGAUUCUUGGUUAAAUGCUACCCAGAUCCUCAAAGUUGCCGGUGUUGUUAAAGCGAGAAGGACCAAGACGCUCGAAAAGGAAAUAGCGGCUGGUGAGCACGAGAAGGUCCAGGGAGGUUACGGGAAAUAUCAAGGUACAUGGGUGAACUAUCAAAGAGGUGUGGAGCUUUGUCGCGAAUACCACGUCGAGGAGAUGCUGAGGCCUCUUCUCGAAUACGACAUGGGACCCAAUGGUACCACCGGAUCGGCGCAGGACUCUUUAGAUACCCCCACCAAGGAGCAAGCGAUGGCUGCGCAACGGAAGCGACUCUAUAGCGGCAUGGACAACCGUAGUAUAUCUCAACCCCAACAGGGCACUUUCUUCCAGAACAUCUCUCGCACUGCCGCGACGGCCGUCAACGCCAUGAGUAAAGCUCGCUUUGAUUCUCCUGCAGCAAGAGGCAUGGAUGGCAGGCGCUCAAGUGCCAUACGGAAACCUUCGCAUCAAAUGGGUAGUCAAGAGACGCAGCUUCCCUUUGGCAGUCAACAGAGCAUGUACAGCGUGGCACCCGACAGCGGAUUUGGAAGCAACGUCCAACACAAUGGCCGAUACCCUCAUGACGGCCGCGCGUUCGAUCAUGAGGAGCCUAUUGAACCUCCUCGCAAACGCGCCAGGUCUUCUUCCAACCACGCACAUUCGUUCGGACUCCACUAUGAGCCAUCGACAUUGUCGAUGACCGAGGCGACACCAACAGAACCGAACGACUCAUUUUACCAGGAUAUGGAUAUGUCAGCUCCUAUGGGUGACGGCAGCAAGCGGGGCGUUGAACCUCUCCCCCCAGCGACAACCCCUGAAAGGUUUCAGAAGAUGAAACUCAUCAUGACCUUGUUCCUUGACAAGCGGACCAAAGAUUUUUCCACCCAUCCUGCCCUGCUGCAACUAUCCGGGGAUGACUUGGAGACCCCGCUCGAUGAAUAUCGGAACAAUGCUCUGCACUGGGCAGCCAUGCUUGCUCGCAUGCCCCUUGUACAUGCGCUCGUCGAGAAAGGCGUUAGCAUAUUCCGACUAAAUGGUGCUGGUGAAACUGCAUUACAGAAGUCUGUUGGGACAAGGAACAAUCUUGACUACAGGAGCUUCCCACGUUUGUUGCAGGUCCUUGCUCCAACAAUUGACAUGGUUGAUUACAGUGGAAGAACGAUUCUUCACCAUAUUGCCGUAAUGGCUGCCACAGGUGGCGGUGGCCAUGUAUCAGCUAAACACUACCUGGAGGCUUUACUGGAAUUCAUAGUCCGGCAUGGAGGUAGCUCAGCGAGUCGACAAACCCCAAAUGGGCUUGAAAAUGGAGCAAACGUACAGGAGUCCAACGAGGUCAUAACACUCGGCCGAUUUAUCUCAGAAAUUGUCAAUCUUCGCGACGAUCAAGGAGACACGGCAUUAAAUUUAGCAGGACGCGCACGCUCUGUGCUUGUGCCUCAAUUAUUGGAAGUGGGCGCGGAUCCUCAUAUACCGAAUCAUACUGGCCUUCGGCCUGCGGAUUACGGUGUGGGCGUGGAUAUGGUUGAUGGAAAUUCUCAGUCACAACUUUCUGGAAACAAGACUGACUCCUUCAUGGACCACCUGGCCAAGACUAAGAAGGAAAUUUUAGACGCAACAUUGGCCCAGAUUAGCUCAAUAGUGCAAGAAACACUAGGCGGGGUUGACACUGAACUAGCUACGAAUCUCGCCAAGAAGCACGAAAAAUUCGAGCAUUGGCAUUGCAAGAUCCGGGAGUCAGCAAAAGCUCGACAAAUUGAACAGAAACAACUUGACGAACUGAAACGCAAAGCAUCAGAUCGUGUAGGGUUGAGCAGACGCUUCAAAAAUCUCGAAAAGUCAUCAGAAGACCUACUCAUGAUCUUGAAGAGCAUUCAAGGUGACUCUUACGACGCAUCGAAAAUGAUGUCAGUUGGCGAUGCUGACAAGGACUCGGGAAUUGACGUCGACAAAUUCGAUGCUAUCUUCCCUGAGAACUUUGACCCUACCUCCGGAUUUUCCGAACAGCAAGCUACUUUCUUGAAAUCGUUACCCUCCGCCGCAGCUCUACAACAACGCAUACAAUGCUACAAGGGAUUCAACGAGGAAAUCACGAAUGAGAUAGACCGCCUCAAAUCCAAGAACGUGGUGCUGGGCCAGAACUAUCGGCGAAUGGUGAUGGCCUGCACAAACUGGACGGCUGAGCAAGUCGACGAAGCCGCCGAAGGUUUAACACAAUGUGUUAAGGAGCUAAAUGAUAACCCAGUUCCCGAAGAUGAGGCUAUUGAAAUCCUGAUGAAGGAUCGAGGCCAGGAUUGGUAACCCUAUCUACGAGCCACAUACGAACCAACUUUUCAGAGAAAUCCUCUUUCAACCUCUGAAAUCACUGCAAGAUUACGAACAUUUUUUAUUUAUU